UCGAUAGAUAGCCCCGUUGCGUUGCAAAUUUACUAUCGAUCGCUGAAAGUUACCAGGACUAGGUCACUUCGUGAAAAUGAGUCUUAAAAAUGGGAUGAAAAUGUCCCAACGCGAAAAAUUCGAGCUGAUUAACUCGGAAGUGCGUUCUUUUUACGAAUAUUGUAAAGAGGCCGGUAUGACUGAUGAAGAGAUGGAUAUAAUAUGUCGCCCGCUCACCAAUGCUGUAAGAAAGGCAUCCAUCAAGAGAUGGACGAGGGUAGUGCUUUUUGUAAUCAUGGUGGUUGCGAUCGGAUAUACCGUGGUUCAAACAGAUACGUUUCAAUGGCACGCAUCUGCGGCUGCAAGGAUCGUAUUGAUAAAAAUGCUUCCGAUUUGGGAUUGGACGCCAUUGUACUAUAAUAAGUGUUUGAUUCAGCGGUCACAACCUCAGAACUUGGAUAACAAUGUAAUAUCAACGUCGGAUUGUAUUGCUUGUGAGGCUAUAAAUACCGUCGCACGCAUAUCAGAUGUGAGUUACCACGAAGUGUUCAACCAUCACCUGCUCCGCGGUGCUCCUGUCAUCGUCGUGGACGCAUACUACGACUGGUCCAUAUCUCGCACCGACCUCAACUUGACCAAUCUCAUCAGCCAAGACGACCGGCUCCGGGGCUCUGUACCCUGCAGGGUACUAACCAACAUCAGGCUGGGCCGCCAGCCCAUGGACCUGGAGGAGAUCGUCUCCAGAAUCACCAACACGGAUAUCCCCAGCUGGUUCGUGCAUUUCCAAAACUGCGACAUAAGAGCUGUAAAGUCCUUUAGGGUUUUGGCGCCAAGACCCUACUUCCUAUCGCCGCACAUACCCCCAUCUCAUUUUAAUUGGUUGCUGAUGUCUAAAAAUUAUGAUACACACAGGUAUAAAUAUUUAGAGCUGGAUGUCGGACUUAUAAUUAUGUCUCAGUUGAAAGGGAAAACUUAUAUAAGGCUAAAACCUCGGGCGCCCUGUGAAGACGAGUGUUACACUCUAAAUUUGGAGUUGAUUGAAGGGGAGACCCUAGUUUUGGGGAAUUCUUUGUGGGAAUUGGAGUAUUUGCCUGGUAAAGGCGAGAAUGUGGCAAUGAUAACGGAAACCGAUUGGGUGGAGCCAUAAUGUUGUGGUGCCGUAGUUAAUCUCGAUGUAGUUGGUGUUUUAAUUUUCGUGGUCAACGUGUACCUUCUCCCACACUCGUAAGAGACACGACGUGUAUACCUCAAUUCAUAUGAAAAGUGUAAGCGUAAAUACUGCUCAGUGUAGAGUCCGAUCUAGUUAUUUGCCGCUUCGGGCAAAUGUAAAUAAUCUGCAACCUUUUAUAAUGAAUAUACUCGCAGUGAAAUUAUUUUGCCGCUCUGGACAUUUGCCUUGCAGGCACUUUUCUAGAUCAGAUCUGGACUUGAUGAUGGCAUGGUGCGGGGACAGCUCAUCUUUCGUCGAGAGAUUAAGAAUUCGAAAGGGGAAUAAAAGUAGAUUUUGAAGCCAAUCGUAACAAAUUAAUUCAAAUGUUUUGUGGAAUAAGCCAAGUUGCUUUUUAGUAGUGAUAUAUAUGUUUCAAUACUAUUGUAUGUAUUUUAUUAUUUUUAAUAUGUUUGGUUGUUUAUGGCGUCUAAAAUAGAAAAAAAAAACAACCAUUGAUUGGGAACUUCUGAUCGAUCAAUAACUAGAUGUGAACUCAUGGGAUUUUAUCCAUUCCAAAAGUGUUUAAAGGAGUUAUUACAAAAAAACACCUGUCACUAGCACCAUGCUAUAUUCCAUAGAGUAGUCUUGGUAUUCCAAAAAACCUUUUAUUAAUAGUAAAUUUCGCAGACCCUUUUGAGAAUACCAUCUGUAACGCUGUCGAUACAUUUUCGUUGUAUACAAUUAUUACAUUAUCAGAUUAUAUUGGACUUCUAAAAUCUCUGUCAUCCAUUGCCAAAUAUUGUCAUAUCGUUCACUAUCAGCGUUGCCAGAUGCAAUAUGUUCUUUCUAAAAUGUGGGUAUUUUAAAUAUUUUUCCUCGAAAUUGAUACAAUUUGCUUCGCUAGAUCUUAAACUAUGGACGGACUAUGUCACAAAAAUACUCAAAUUUCUCCAUACAGUUGUUUGCAUGACUGUAAAUCACAGCCAUGCAAACAUACAGUAUGUAUAGAGUCAUAACUUCUCAGAAAUGGCAACGCAUGAAGGACAUUAUGGACGAAACAGUAUAAGUACUUACUCUGUUGUCCAUAGUACUGUUCAUGUCUAUAGGCGACGUUUACCACUUUCCACUAGGUGGGCCGUUAGCUUGUUUGCCAUUCAGAGUUGCAUAAAAAAUGUCCAAUUUCUCUCCAAAAAUUUCGUUUCCCCAAUAUUUCACGAACAGAAUUUUUUUACCCAUUAUUGUGAAAAAAAAAUGCGCAUUCUGGCAACGCAGUUUGCAAUCCAGAAAUUGCAUUUUACAAUAUAAUUGAAUGACCUGCAAUAUUGAAAUCAAGUAACUACUGUCGUAAUAGGUUAAGAAACGAGUUUACACAUAUCAAAAGAACUGCGUUAUGUUUCUGUAAGUGUUAUAUAGAAAUAAGUAUAGCAAUUUUCACACGUUCAUAAUUGUGCACGAUUAAUAUCAACAUAAAAUACCUACUAGCGUAAGAUUAAAAUUUUAAUUGUGAUUAUCUAAGUACCUCGGUAUUAAAUAUUAUGUGAUGCAUAUA